AUGCACCCUCGGAACAAGCACCGGGAGUACCUUGACUACAGCGACUUGGCCUGCCGGCAGAAAGGCUUGAAGCGCUUCGUCUUCGAGAAUGCUUGGGGCGGCGCCUCGAUCGACUACUCGAACCAGGAGGCCCUGGAGGAGUUGACCCGGAGCCUGCUAGCAGAGUUCUACGACAUUCGUAAGUGGACUCUGCCCAAAGGCUACCUGUGCCCCCCUGUGCCCCAGCGGGCCGAUUAUGUCCACACAAUAGCAGAUUUGCUGAAUGCCUCGCUGUCCAUCGUUGCCGGGGACGACCAGCAAGCUUUGGAAGCCAUUGGGCCUCGCAUUUGGGGUUUGGACAUCGGUGCGGGGGCGAGCUGCAUCUACUCUCUGCUCGGAGUUCGAGAGUAUGGCUGGAGCUUCAUUGCCAGCGACGUGGACGAAGUGGCACUCCGGAAUGCCGAGGACGUCCUUUCUGCGAACUCUCUCUCCAGCAGGAUCACACUACGGAGACAAGCAGACCCCAAGCAGAUAUUGAAGGGAGUACUUCGUCGUGGGGAGUCCCUGGCCUUCACGAUCUGUAACCCGCCAUUCCACGAGACCCUGGACCAUGCAGAACAGGCGGCUACUAUGAAGUGGAAACGCCUUAGCAGGGGCAAGCAACUGUCGAACAAAAAGAAUUACCAGGGCCAGGAAGUAGAGCUGUGCUGCGAGGGGGGCGAAGUGGGCUUUGUCUUGCGACUAGUGGAAGAGAGCGCGAGGCAGCGAUUCCGGCUGGCGUGUCUUUGGUUUUCGAGUCUGCUUUCCAGGCAGUCGUCCAUGAAGCCGAUCCACCAGCGUUUAGGUGAGCUCGGUGCGAAACGUCGCCGGUUCGAGAUCUGCCAGGGACGGAAUGUGAAAUGGGUCAUUGCCUGGAGCUUCUACCCGAAGACUGAGCGAGGCUUGCAGCUGCUGCAGAUGCUGGAAGUGGCCCGCGGCGACGCGAGUGAAGCUAACGAAGCCAGGGAAGGGACGGAAGAGACGGAAGCGGCUGUGCCAGAGAUGCCGGUGCCGAGGAAGCGGAGUGCGCAGCCCGUCGGCGAGGCGGUGCGCGCCAAGCGCCCCACGCUCCACGAGCGACAAAAGGACAUGUUUCAAAGUUGUGCGGAGUGA